UCAUGAGGGGGAAUACCUCUCGCUUUCUCUUUUAUGAGAUCGCGGGUGUCUCUCCCUGCCUGCCUGCUCCUCCUCACAAAAGCUUUGGGCGAAUUCCUUUCUCCGGGUUUUCAAGCCAUCUUUUAAAAAUCCAUCCCGUUCUCUCGCGUUGAAAGCUGGAGCUGUGUCGGGAAGCAAGAGGCGAGAGACAGAAGGAGGAAGCUUGCAGAGAGCAGGGAAAAGAGGGAAGGAGGGAGCGAUUAGGGAAGCAACCGAUAAACCGGCGGCGAAGGUGGCUGGGGACGCGGCGCAGCGGUCGCUUUCCAAAAGCGAAAGGAUCCAGGCGGCGAAGAAGAUCGCCAUGGGGGAAUAACGCGCCUGCCGAUGCCGGCUGUAAGCAAGUGAAGGGUUUGGAAGAGGCGGUGGAAGCAGCCGCCGAUCCCGCAGUCUGGUUGCAAAGAGUCCGGACAGUGGAGGCUGGCGGCUCGGACUGCUGGCUUUUGGGCUGGGAAGGAAGAAGCGGGCGGGGAAGCGGCGACAUCCACACAGAGUGUGACGCCGCAGGCUUUGGUCAUGCCCUUCGCCAAGAGGAUCGUGAAGCCCCAGAGGCUGUGCCGGCGGCAGCACAUCGCCUCGGUGCUAGACGAGAACUCCGGAGUUGAGCUUCCUCAGCCAGUGAGCUUCCGAGGAGAGCCCGGGGAGGCGAUGGACGAGCCGGAGGAAGAGGUUCCGGCUGGGCUGGCUGCAGCGUUGCCCGCCGAAGGAAAGGAGAACCAGGAGGCAGCGGCGUUGAUGCUUUUGGAUCUAUGCUCGGUCAGCAAUGUGGCUCUCUCGCGGAUCCUCCGGCAACUCUCCGAUGUGGCCAAGCACGCCUGCACCCUUUUCCAAGAAAUCGAGAGCGAGAUCCAGCUCACUCACCGCAGGGUCCAGGCGCUCCACAGCCGGAUUGGCGGCGUCCAAACCAUUUUACACAGUUUGGAUCCCAAGCAGGAGGCAGUGCCUGUCUCAAACCUGGAUGCAGAAAGCAAACUGAAUGUGUAUUAUCAUGCCCCUUGGCAUCAGGAGAGAAACAUUUUCCUUCCUUCCACCAGACCAGCAUGUGUAGAGGAGCUGCAUCGCCAUGCCAAGCAGAAUUUGAGAGCCUUGAGGAAGGAGCACCAGGGUAAUAACCGAGAACAAAAAACUGUGAACCAAACUGUGGUAGCUCCCCCAUUUCCCUCUUUUCCUGUGAUCCACACUAAGAAGAAAAAAGAGACUAAGGACCAUCACUUGCUAAAAUUUUAUAGAACCCGCUCGUCUUCCCCUACUGAGUGUUGCCACAUGACCCCAUGGAGUAAAAAGUCCCACCAUCCUUCGGAGGAAGAAGAUACAGAUAUCAUGUUAGGGCAGAGGCUGAAAAAUCCAAUACAUAAUAUACCUUCUACACUGGAUAAACAAACAAAUUGGAGCAAAGCACUACCCCUCCCAACUCCAGAGGAGAAAAUGAAACAAGAUGCCCAAGUGAUUUCCUCUUGUAUUAUCCCCAUCAACGUCACUGGAGUUGGUUUUGACCGAGAAGCUAGUAUACGCUGCUCACUUGUUCACUCCCAAUCCGUACUGCAACGAAGACGGAAACUGAGAAGGAGAAAAACCAUCUCUGGCAUCCCCAGAAGAGUCCAACAAGAAAUAGAUUCUGAUGAAUCACCAGUAGCAAGAGAACGGAAUGUCAUUGUGCAUGCAAAUCCAGACUUCUCUAAUAACAUCAACAGGAGAUCAGGUACCCGAGACUCUGAGUGCCAAACAGAAGAUAUUCUCAUUGCUGCUCCAUCCCGGAGAAGAAUACGAGCUCAGAGGGGUCAAAGUGCAGUAACUUCACUGUCUCAUUCAGCUGGCAACAUAUUGGUGCUGACAGAUAAUGGUGAUUCUAUGUUUACAUCAAUGAGCAAUCGUGUUCGAUCAAGGAGUCUUCCUCGUGAAGGUGCUAGAGCCAAUGAAAAAGAUCACAACAAUGGUACCAAAAUUUCAGCAUAUGAGGCAGAACACUUUUUAACAAAUCAAGAACGAAUCUCCGCAAAGAAUAAGGAUGCUAUUAAUAACCAUUGUUCACAGGAACACCAUCCCAGGGGCUUAGCUUGUUCCCAGCGUUUUCAUAGUCCAGAUCAUAACUCAAAUGAAAGAGGGAGGUCAAGGUUAUCAAGGAUAGUAGAUUCUGGAAGUUGUGAUAUUUCUUCAAAUUCUGAUACCUUUGGAAGUCCAAUUCACUCUAUUUGCACAGCUGGGGUUCUUCUCAGCAGUCACAUGGACCAGAAAGAUGAACAUCAAUCAUCCAGUGGAAACUGGAGUGGAAGUAGCUCAACAUGUCCUUCCCAAACAUCUGAAACAAUUCCUCCUGCUGCUUCACCUCCACUGACAGGUUCUUCACACUGUGAUUCAGAAUUAUCCCUGAACAUUGCCCCUAAUGCUAAUGAAGAUUCAAGUAUUUUCAUAAUUGAACACUACAGUGAACAUAAAAUUAGAGGCCACAGGGCAAGUUCUUUCACUUCUGAUGUACUACAUGACCCUAACAAUAGCAUCACAAGUGACAGUGAGUGGAAUUAUUUGCAUCAUCAUCAUGAUGCAUCCUGCCAUCAAGAUUUCAGCCCCGAACAUCCCAAGACUGAUAGUCUGGGCUGUCCGAGUUUUACAAGCAUGGCCACUUAUGACAGUUUUGUAGAGAAGACUCCAUUGGAUAAAGCAGAGACUAGCUCACAUUUUUCAGUUGAUACUGAAGGCUACUAUACCUCCAUGCACUUUGACUGUGGACUCAAAGGAAAUAAAAGUUAUAUUUGUAACUAUGCAGCUGUGGGCUCUGAAAAUUGCCAGAAUGCAAGUUUUGCUUCCAAUCUCACUCACUGUAAUUGGCAAGAUUAUAUGGAUCAUAGGAAGCAAGGAAAACCAGGCAUAUCUCUAAAGAAACCAAAGGUGAAGCCAGCCCCACCAAAACGCAGUUCAUCUUUAAGGAAAUCUGACACUAGAACAGAUAUUUUGGAGAAGAAAGAACCAAAGAUAAGUAGUGGGCAGCAACAUAUGCCUCAUACUUCCAGGGAAAUGAAGCUGCCCCUCGAGUUUGCAAAUACACCUUCAAGGGUAGAAAGUACUAGCCUGCCAAGUAAACAGCAACCUUCCUGGAAUAAUCAGGAUGAAAAUGACGUAAAGGGCCACCCAUUUGAUUCCAUGGACAUUGCAUCAUUUAAAGAUGAAGGUGCUGAACAAUCUCACUAUGCAGAUCUCUGGCUUCUAAAUGACUUGAAAUCUAAUGAUCCCUAUAGAUCUUUAUCUAAUUCAAGCACUGCUACGGGUACUACGGUCAUAGAAUGCAUAAAGUCACCAGAAAGUUCUGAAUCUCAAACAUCACAGUCUGGAUCAAGAGCCACCACUCCUUCUCUUCCUUCUGUUGAGAAUGAGUUUAAAUUGGCAUCCCCAGAAAAACUGGCUGGUUUAGCUUCUCCUUCAAGUGGCUAUUCCAGUCAGUCAGAAACCCCAACAUCAUCAUUUCCAACAGCAUUUUUUUCUGGUCCCCUAUCCCCAGGAGGGAAUAAAAGAAAGCCAAAAGUACCAGAAAGGAAAUCCUCAUUACAACAACCUUCUUCUAAAGAUGGCAACAUAUUUUUAAACAAAGACUUAGAACUUCCGGUUAUACCUCCUACUCAUCUUGACCUAAGUGCUCUUCAUAAUGUUUUGAUUAAACCAUAUGCUCCCAGACCCCAGCUGCAUGCUUUUAACAAUAAUAAAUCAAAUAUGAUAGAAGAAGUACUGAAUUCUAAUUCUUCACCAGCUCUUGCUAUUACACCUUCAGUGCUGAAGUCAGUACAUCUUCGAUCAAUUAAUAAGCCUGAAGAAAGGAAACAGAAAGACAAUCCAGAUUUUCUACCCAUUCAAGAACAUAGUUUGGUAACUGCUAUUUCUUCAUGCAAAAUGAAACCACGUGUAAGUAAGAAACAAGUGUCACAUCAGUUCUUCAUGGAAGAUGCCAUAGUGUCUUAUAUAAAUCCCUCCCCAGUACAGAUAAGCCCAGAACAACUACUAGGAGAAGAUAGUUUAACCUUUAGUGAAAGAAAUAUCUGUCAAGAGAAUCUAAACUCAUUAGUAGAGGGUGUUCCAGCAGCUAAGAGUGUACCAGAUCAAAUACAUUCAGUACAUGGGAUUUUGCUAGAGUAUACAGCUAAUAAAGCUUGUGGGUUUUCUGAAUUUCCACAAGGCACAACAGUUUUUCCAAGUAAUCUUAAAGGCAAAAUUACUUGUGGAUCGGAACAGAAUAAGAGCAUUAACCCCAUGCAGUCUCCAUAUGAAUUACCUGCACACUGUGAACAAAAGUCAAAAUAUGAACCACUACAUGAAGAUAUUCCUCGGUCUGACUCCUUAACUUGGGGAGCAGAUACUUGUUAUCAGCUGAAGCAUCAGCUUGAUAUAAGCCAACUUGAUGACAAAGUGCCUGAGAAUAUCAAUUAUGAACCAGAGAUCUCAAAUAUAGAUUCUCUAAGUGAAAAAUACUCUGAAAAUGAUAUCAUGUCAGGUAUUCCAACCAAAAGUGCCUCAGAUGACAGUGAUAGCAGAGCAGCUGAGACACAAGAAACUACAGAAGAUGAUACCUUAAAAGAAUCUUUUGUGAGUGAUGAUUCUAUAAUCUCACCCAUAAAUGAGGAUUCUCAAAUUGAAGUAGAAGAGUUUUUGAUGUCUCCAAAUAAACCGCGAACAACAGAGGAUCUGUUUGCAGUAAUUCACCGGUCAAAAAGGAAAGUGCUCGGAAGAAAGGAUUCUGGAGACCUUUCUUCAAGGAACAGACUGAAAGCUUCAUCUAGUAGUAAUAGUGUGUCUUCUGUCAGCAGCACCUCACCUGUUACUAAUAUUCCCCUCACUCUGACCAGUGUGGGAAGUCCAGCAUGCAGCCAGAGGUCUCCUGGACCUAUUUAUCGGAAUGCCAAAAAGUCCAGUACAUCAAAUGAGGAAUUUAAACUACUGCUCUUGAAAAAAGGUAGUCGGUCUGAUUCUAGCUAUAGAAUGUCAGCCACUGAGAUACUAAAGAGUCCUAUUUCUCCCAAAUCUCCUGGAGAACUAAUUGGGGAUACUCUUCAAACUGCAGAUGAACCCUUCCAAGCCUCAUCAAGAGCUGAGGCAUUAGCUCCUCACUCUCCUUGUCCCCCGAGGAUAAACGUAGAAGGGUUUUCUUCCAAAAGUUUUCCCACAUCAGCAUCUUCACGUGUAGGACGAUCACGAGCACCUCCAGCUGCAAGCAGUAGCCGAUACAGUGUCCGCUGCAGAUUAUAUAACACCCCAAUGCAAGCCAUUUCAGAAGGAGAGACAGAGAAUUCAGAUGGGAGCCCACACGAUGAUCGAUCUUCUCAAAGCUCAACAUAAGUUGCCUAAGGGUCUGAGCACAAUUCUGACUGUUAAAUGGGGGAACUCUGCAUUUGAUAAGCUCAUUUCACUUUAAAAAGCCUAUUCUGUAGCAGUCAAAUAUCUUACAAGGCAAUAUGUGAUGCUUGAAAAUGUUAAAGAGUGCUGAAAGAUGGGGUUAAAUGAUCUGUAGGUAUUUAUUACGACCCAUUUUCUAUGACUAGAAAUAUAUGGUUAACCUUUAAUUCCUCCCCCCCCCCUUUCCACCCUCAGUGUAAAUUUAUCCAGUUUUCUAGAUUCCUUUUUUCUCUCCAGAAACAUAACAUUACUGUUGUGCUUCCCUAGGGGUAGCAAACAUAAAGUUGGUGACGAAUUAGUAUUUUUUUACAUUAAAAUGAAUUGAAACAAAAUAGAAUAGACAAAACAAAUGUAAAUUUACGUAUUUUUGAUAAGCAAAUGUAAAUAAAAUUAUUGCAGAGAAAAAUGUGGUGGGUGACAAAUGAAAACUAUCUUAUAUGAUAACAAAGGAUAAAGAUAUGGUAAUGACUGUAUUCUGUGAAUACAAUUUUCAGAUCAAGUUUAUUUACAUAUCAAUCACUACCACUAUUAAAUAAUUGAAGCCUCUAUCAUGAAUUUAACACUUGGAUUAGUGGAAUUCCUAUUAAUAAAAACUAUGAAAUUAAGUGAUAUCUGAAUUUCUUUGACAAUGUCAUUCCAAGCAAGCUAAUUUUAAAAUGAAUUCUUUGAAAAGAGGCUAGUUGACAAAUACUACAAUGUUUAUAAACCAGGUUUUCUGCUCUGGCUUCCCCCUCUUAAGAAUUCUGAGAAGUGUAGCUAUGUGGAAUUUUUUGGGUAUAUCAAAAAUUGUGUCACUUUUGACUGAUUUCUUCACUUGUCAUUUAAAACAAUUUUAAAGUUCUUUAAAGUUUGUUGCCAUUUUCAUUUCUUUAUUUAGUUUCUUUCCUUGUCACCCUCCACUUCUUUACAUACUGCAGUUCUCUUAGGAAAUCUUUGUGUUGGUUUUCAGAUUUGUGUUGGAUGGUCUUCUCUGCAUUUGCUGCACGAUGAUCUAAUAAAAAUAUUAUUUCUUAAAUACUUAUAAACAAGGUAUUGCUCUGAACAUGAGGACUGCAAAGAAACUACAAAAGUAGAAACAUUAAAGAAAAUCUAAAAAAGGAAUCUAAAGCUCAUAUAAAUAGCCGUAGAUUUAAAAAAUGGGAAAGAGAAGUUUUAAAAUAAAGGAAAAUAGACAAUCAGCCAAAUAUUCAUUUGUUAUUAGAACAAUAGAAGAAAAAUGAAAUAGAGGAAAAUGAGGUUUACUAAGCAAUAGUAUGUUAACAACAUACAAAAUAUGAAAAAUAUAUGCAAAGAUCUGCCUUAAAAGUCAACUUACAAUUGAAAGAAACUAGCAUUAAUCAUCAAAAUCCAAAUAGAACAGUGAAUUUUAAAAACUAAUUAGAUACAUGAUAGACACAUACAAAUGCGCACGCGCGCACACACAUACUGAGAAACUCUGAGAUACUAAUAAAACCUGGUACUAUUCUAAGACAAAAUCUUUUAAAGUGACAUUUUGGGAUGGCUCAGAGAUUGAGAAUUUAAUACUAAAUUAAAAGGUUUUUUAAAAUUUAAAUUUGAGCCUUGAGUAACUGAAUCCUAGGCUAUGCUCAUAUCCCAUUUAUUCCAUUUUAGUUAGUGUAUCCUGAAAUUUGAUGAACCUGCUAAAAUUAGCUGUAUUUGAAUAAAUAUAUUAAGAAUUGCACUAUUAUGCAGCAGUCUUCAACACUGCAAUUUAGCAAAUAUUAUUGAAGUUCAAACAUUUUUAUUCAAUUAAACAAUUUGCCUUCCAUUUCCUUCUCAGUGAAUAGAUUGAUAACGAUUUAUUGUUCCUGUUUUUUUAACCUGGAAAUCAAAUCUCCUCUUAUUAAGAGCUGUGGUGGUGCAGUGGUUAGAAUUCAGUACUGCAGGCUACUUCUGCUGACUGCUUGCAAUUUGGCAGUUCGAAUCUCACCAAGCUCAGAGAUGGAAGGUUGACUCAGCCUUCCAUCCCUCCAAGAUCAGUAAAAUGAGGAGCCAGAUUUUGGGGGCAAUAUGUUGACUCUGUAAACUGCUUAAAGAGGGCUGUAAAGGACUGUGAAGCGGUAUAUAUUUAUUUAUAUGUGAAAGUACCUACAUCUGCAGUUCUCUAAGAAAAUCCUUAAAUUGGCUUUCAGAUUUCUGUUGGAUGGUCUUCUCUGCAACUGCUGCAGGAUGAUGAUGAUGAUGAUGAUGAUGAUGAUGAUGAUGAUGAUAAUAAUAAUAAUAAUAAUAAUAAUAAUAAUAAUAAUAAUAAUAAUAAUAAUAAUAUGUUUGAGUAGUUAUAACCAAGGAAUUGCACUGAACAUGCAGACUGCAUAGAAACUACAGAAGUAGAAACAUUAAAGAAAAACUAGAUUUUUAAUCUUACCCAGUCAUAUUAUACCAUAUAGUACAGUACAUAUAAUAACUCUUUGCAUACAGUAGCUAGUAUAAUCCAUAGUAUUCCAGCUGCAGUCAUGCCUACUGCAAUAUGCUUGUAAUGACAAAUUUUAUUUGCAUGAAGAGAAUAAAUUUGUUAAGUUAUUACAAACUCAGGAAAAAUAAUUUAAUUUUUUUUAAAUUACAAAACAAAAUCCCAUUUAUAUCAAGAUCUUUCUUUACUGCUCCUUUACUCUCAUAGGAAUGCCAAAAUUCUGGAUUUCUGAGUUGUGUUUUAUAGGCUAGCAAUACUUUACUAUAGGGCUGGAAAUUUAAUCAAGACGUUUUUCUUUAAAUUGGGACUGUGUCAAUCAUCAGUAACAUUUAUACACUGCCUUAAAUUGCUCAUUCCAUAACAGCUAGACAAUAAUUUGAUCUGGUUAUCUGUAGAUUUGGCUCAUUACUUGUAUAGACCACUACAGACCACCAUGAGCUCUGCCUUUAGUUCUCCACCUAUCGAUAAUGUAUCCAUCAUUUUUAUCUGUUUCAUAGGUUUGCUGUGAGGAUCAAAUGGGAAAGCUCUUUAAAAGAAAGUUGUGUAGGCUACAAAGGUGAUUAAAUAGUGUGAUUAAUAUUUCUCUUAUGUGCAAGCUAUUGAAAAACAAUAAAAUAUAUUGCUUUUUAAUUCCUUUGGUAAUGGCAUAAUUGUCACGUUGUCCAUCAUCUUGUAGAUUUAAUAAUUCAGUGUUUCAGUUCUAACAAAGAACUACAAUUCCCAGAGUUCUUAGGGGAAGCCAUAUCCAAUGAACAGGUAUGAGAGCUAUAGUGCCACCAUAACUAUUAGCAUUGGUGUUUGGAAUGAAAAACACAUGUAAAAAGGACAGCAGAAAUAACAUUUUAAAAAAAACCUUUUAAGAAAAAAUGUUAGGUAUCCAGCUUUUUCUAUGAUAUUUGGCACUUAAUAUGGCCAGUGAUUAUAGUUGUUUCAUACUACUAUUACAACUAGAUUGUUGGGAAACCUAGCAAUGCUCUGAUAAAUAAAACAAAAUUAAUUUCAUGUUCAUAGCUUAGUAACUAUUAAGCAUGCAACAAAUGCUAUUGAUUCACGAAUAAACUGUACAAUAAUAAUUCAAUGAAGCUUUGUAUGGACAACAUUCAUCCUACCUGAAUAUUUAUAAAAACGACACUGAAAAAAAUAAGAACUAGGCAUAUGUAUGCAUUCUUUAUACAUCUCAUAAACAUGGAAUGGGGAAAGUCUCUGAUUCAUAUUGCUCAAUUACAUUCUAUCUAGAUUUUAUUAAAAUUGUUUACAAUACUAGGAAAGGAGUCCAUAAUAGAUGGGGUGCAGAAGAAAUCAGAGCAAAUAUUAUGACUAACUGAAAGCAGGGGAAAGCAGGAUUACUUGAAGUUGCUUGAAGUUUUUUGUUAGAAGACCAAAAGCAAAAGUAUGCUGAUGGAUCAAACUACAGUAGGGAUUUUUAAAAGUCAUCUCAGAUAUAAUCUUUUCCCAAGAUAUAACACAAUAGUUUGCCAUGUGUAACCUGCUCUAAAUUGAAUGAUUUGAAUCGGGUUGUAAAAUGCAGUGUAUCAAACUGGAGAACUAAUUAAAGCAGAAUUUAGGAAGAAAGAUUUUGAAACUAUUUCGGGAUGAAAUGUAUCCUCAAGCUCUGACUAAGUCCAGUAACUGAUUUAAGUAAGUAGUCACUAGUAGAGAAAUGUAGCUCCUGGGGAAGGUGGCUUCAAACAGACAUAAAUUCUUGUAGGAAUCUAGGAAAAGUAAAAAUCAGGGGAGGAUUAUUUCUUACAAUGCUCACAAUAAGUAUGAGAACAUUAACUUUAAAAUUGAGCAAAUUAUUGCAUAUAUUCAAAAUUAACUAUUUUUUCCUUUGAAAAGGAAAAAGUGAUAAAAUGAUUGAUAAAAACACGCAGUAUUUAGGACCAGGGAGACCAAAUUUCUAAGUAUCCUCUGGUUAUGGUAGCUCAAUUGUUGACUUUGGGCUGAUCAGUUUCUUUCAGUCCAACUCUCUGAAAAUAUUGAGUACAAUGCCUUGAGCUCCUAAAUGAAAGGCAUGGUAGAAAUAUAACAAACAAAUGAUAUUAAUGUGCAGUAAUUGUAACUAACUAAUGAAAGCAGAAUUUAGGAAGAAAGGUUUGAAACUAUUUUGAGAUGAAAUGUAUUGUCAAGUUUAGUUUAAGCCCAGUAACUGAUUUAAGUAGGUAGUCACUGGUAGAGAAAAAUGGGGAAGAUGGCUUCAAACAGAUGUAAAUUCUUGUAGGAAUCUAGGAAAAGUGAAAAUCAGGGGAGGAUUAUUUCUUACAAUGCUCAUAGUAAGCAAUGAAAAUACUUACAAUAAGUACUAGGUUGUCAAAAAGGAAGUGAAAGAGAAUGUGUUGGAGGGAGAGAAAGAUUAAUGUCACUUUUUUUAAAAAGUCACACAAUUGGUAUGCAAGGUCUAAGUGCUGUUUAAGAUCACUUUCCCUAAGAUUACAAGAGCUAUUUUACUAUUUGAUUUGAAGGUUGAUUAUGUCUCUUAAUGCUAAAGUGAGAGAUCAUCAAUUACAAUGCUUUGAUGUUAUAGUCAAAUUCAGUACUAUUCUCAUUUAGGACCAGAAUGCUAAAUCUGUUCAAUAAAAAUGCUACAUAAGGUAUAUUAAAAGUUGAAUUGGUUUGUUCAAAAUACAAGACCUAUAAGUGUCAUCCAGGCAAUUUAUGCAGUUAUUGGUAUAUCAAACCAGAGUUCCCCAACCUUUUCAGCCUUGUAGAGCAGCGGGGGGGAGGGGGGCAGGCAUGGUUCUGUGUGAGUGGCCAGCAAGCCCACAUGCACACGCAGUCCAUUUGUGCGAGCGGCGGGCACACAUGGUAGUAGUGGGCUGCGCCCUGGUGUUUGGGGACCCCUGUAUCAGAUUCCAUAUAAACAUUACAGAUUUAUUCCGCUGAAGCACAGAAUUUGAAUGAGAAGGCAGAUAAAUAAUUCUAUGUGAUGCUCACAAAACUAUCACAACCUCUUACUUUGUUUACAAAAAAAAUCCGUAACAAAGCAUUUCUAUUUUCUAUUUAUAACAAUAAAGCCCAAGUUAUGAUGGAUUAUAAAUCUACUUUAAAAAACUAUUUUUGUUAUUAUUUGCUAACUCAGAUUGAGCACUCUGUUACAGGCAUCUGAAGUUCUGAUGCUUCCUGUCAAAUCAGGCAGAAGCAAAAUUUACCAUAUAGAAUAUUAAUAUCCAUUAACAAAGUGAUAUUAUGUGAUAACAAUGUGAGCAACUUCUGCUGAUAGAGUGUUCUGAUAAAAAUUAUCAGAGACCACAAUUACCUAGGAAUAAGCUUCACUGAAUACAGUGAGAUUUAUGUAAAUGUUUAUAAGGUUGUGCUGCACAAGUAGGAUGUCUUCAGAACCCUCCAAAGAAACAAAGCUUAACAUCUCAUCUUGAAACAGAGAAUAAACCUAGAAACAUUUCUAAUUUAUGAAUCAUAAUGAUAACUUGUGAUUCUGUUGUUUGCACUGAUGUUUCAGAGUAAGUUUUGAAGUUAGGCACUUGUUCAUUUGGUAACAUUUUCUUUUGUAAUAUUUUGGCAGCAUAGAGUAUUGAUUAAUUGUAGAAAUAAAGCAUAUGUGUGCAUUUGCCAAAGGUCAUGCUGAUAAGAGUGCAUUUGCUGCAAUUGUGGCAGAUUUAAAGAAAUAUCUAGGUUAUGACUUAAAAGUUUAAAAACUAAUAAAGGAGGUUACAGUGUAACUAUUUUGGUACUAGCACCAGUUCAUGCUGGCAGAAAAGACAACGGUUUAUGGACUUGCAUCCAUUUUGUAUUUUUGUAAUAUUUGUAAAUAGAACUUUUUAAAUUGUUUCUUUUUGUAAAAUGUUUUCAAAGUUUACAUUAAAACCAAGCCAGUUUGUAUAUUUUAGAACUGUGCAACACUUUAAGUCUUGUAUUUAUUUUUAGUAAAACAGUGACAGUUUCAGUGUGAAUCCCCUCUAAAAUGUGUCAGAAAAAGGUCUGAUUAUCUAGGAAAUGUGUAUAGAAACUUUAAAUAAAUGUGACUGCAAUUAAA